UUUGGGACUGUGCGUGUUUUUCUCUCGUGAAAGGUGUUUUGUGACAAUGUAACCGAGACUUAUCAAGAGACUGCCUAGUGAAAUUGAUGAUCAAUUGGGACUCUAACAAAGACUGUGAUCUGUUGGGCGAAAAAACUUAAAAAAUUUAAGUGUAUGAACUGUUGAGUGUAAGAAGGAAACCCAAACCUCAAAAUGGCUAAUAUGGAUGUGAACGAAUUUCGGGAGUUUGGAAGAGCUGCGAUCGAUUUUGUGGCAGACUAUCUGGAGACGAUUCGUGAAAGAGACGUCCUUCCGUCCGUUGAACCGGGCUACCUCCACGAACUGCUGCCCAAGGAAAUUCCCGAGCAGGGCGACGACUGGAAAUCAUCGAUGGAGGACUUCAAACGGUGCAUUCUCCCUGGGCUUACUCACUGGCAAUCACCGAACUUCCAUGCCUUCUACCCAUCACAGACUUCGUACUCAUCGAUCGUGGCCGAAACGAUCGCUGCCGGAUUGGGGGUUGUUGGUUUCAGUUGGAUUUGUAGUCCGGCGUGCACCGAACUCGAGGUGAUCAUGAUGAACUGGUUGGGUCAACUGUUGAAUCUGCCGAAGUGCUUCCUGAACUGUGAUGAUGGUAACGGUGGUGGUAUCAUACAGGGUUCCGCAAGUGAAUCGAUCUUCAUUGCGGUUCUCGUGGCCCGGGAACAAGCUGUUCGGAGGUUGAAGGUCGAACAUCCGGAGCUGACGGAGGCAGAGAUUCGAGGACGUUUGGUAGCCUAUACGAGUGAUCAAAGUAAUAGCGCCGUUGAAAAGUCAGGUAUUUUGGGAGCCAUCAAGAUGCGAUUGCUUCCGGCGGAUGAUGAUUGUAUAUUAAGAGGCAGAACAUUAAGGGAUGCCGUUGAGGAGGAUAAGGCCAAAGGUUUGUUCCCGGUUGUUAUGGUGGCCACUCUGGGAACCACUGGUACCUGCGCUUACGACGACCUGGAAGAAAUUGGUCCAAUAUGUUCCGAGAUCAAAAUCUGGUUGCAUAUCGAUGCAGCCUAUGCCGGAGCUUCUUUCUGUCUGGAGGAAUACGCUUGGAUCAUGAAAGGAUUAGAAGCUGCGGACUCUCUCAAUUUCAAUCUGCACAAGUGGUUAUUCGUAAAUUUCGACUGUUGCGCCAUGUGGUUUAAGGAUGCUGGAAAGAUCACCGAAGCAUUCAGUGUCGAUCGUAUCUAUUUGCAGCAUAAAUACCAGGGUCAGAGUAAAGCUCCCGAUUAUCGCCAUUGGCAGAUUCAGCUAGGAAGACGAUUCCGAUCGUUAAAGGUCUGGUUUACCCUUAAAAUGAUGGGUGCUGAAAAAAUCCGGGAAACACUUCGGUUCCAGAUAAGUCUGGCUAAGCAGUUUGAGAACUACGUUCGUGCUGAUGACAGAUUUGAAGUCACGUCUUCGACGCUGUGUUUAGUAUGCUAUCGUCUGAAAGGUGAAGAUGCUCCUUCCAAGCAGUUGCUAGAGAACAUUACAAAGCGCAAGAAGGUUUACAUGAUUCCGGCAACUUACCAGGGGAAGUUUAUCAUAAGGUUCAUGAUCGCUGGCCUGGAUCCCAAACCGGAAGACAUCGAUUUCGCAUGGAACGAAGUUAGAACACAAACAGAUCUUCUGCUGGGAGUCGACAACAAUGGUAACACGGUGACGAUCAAGGAUCUUCUGAAACAGCAGGAAAUGUAUGAAAAAGAUAAACCUAUUGGGAAAAUCACCGAGCAGCUCAACGGUUUUAAGCUGUCGGAAGAGAAAGCUCAGUAACAAUUUAGUGAUAGUUCCUUAUUUUUAAACCGGAGACAUUAGAUCAUUUACUAGGUUAGUUUCAUUUCUACAAACUAUGUUUUCUCAUAAGUAUAGAAAAAUUGAUUCCGUACCAUAAGCACAAUAAAAUUUCACUUUUAAACAUA